ACUGGCGUCUCUUGCAGAUAUUUUUGUCCAUGAUGCCACUGGGGCUGCAAACAGAAUAUUCCCUUCCACUGUAUAUGUUGCUCAGUUCAUGAAGCCAAAGCCAGCAGUUGCUGGAUUCCUCAUGCACAAGGAAAUUCAAUAUCUUGUUGGAGCCUUAGCAAAUCCCAAUAGGCCAGUUGCUGCCAUUGUUGGUGGCUCAAGCCUAGCAGACAAGAUUCGUCUGAUAAAGUCACUCUUGAAGAAGGUUGAUUUUCUAUUGCUUGGUGGAGGCAUUGUCUUUAGUUUCUACAAGGCCAUGGGGUAUUCUGUUGGAUCCUCACUUGUGGAGCAGAGCCAUCUCAAAAUGGCGGAAGAGCUUAUGUCGAAGGCAAAAGCAAAGGAAAAACUUGUAGUGCUUCCUUCUGAUGUAGUGAUAGCAGAUAGGUUUGGUGUUAAUGCUGAAAGAAAGGUUGUUCAAGCAUCUGAAAUCCCUGAUCGCUGGAUGGGGUUAGAUAUUGGACCUGAAACUAUGGUCUCUUUUGGCCAAAAAUUGGAGACCGCCAAAACUAUCAUCUGGAAUGGACCCGUGGGGGUGUACGAGUAUCCCAACUUCGCUGCUGGAACAGAGGCUAUUGCAAAAAAACUGGCAGUGCUUACUGAAAAGGGAGCAACAACAAUCGUACUUGGAGGCGAUACUAUUGCGGCCGUGAAGAAGGUGCAGCUUGCCGGAGAGAUAACCCACAUUUCAACAGGAGGGAUUGCUAGUGUGGAGAUUCUGGAGGGGUUGAAGCUUCGUGGGACGUGUAACCUUCAUUAUUAUGAUUUUGCUUGAGGCAUUAUUUGUGCUUA